AUGUGGAAACUUCCAGGAGCUCCACAGCCGGGCCAAUCCCCGGAAGCACCUCAAGAAUCAUCAGGAACAGUUGCAUCUGUAAAUGGAGGCGUGGGAGGAAAUCGAGAACAAGGAUCGACUACCGCGCAAGAGGCGCCGACAGCCGCAUCGGGCGGAGGAGGACAUCGCUCAAUUGGCUCAGAAUUCAAUAUCAACCCAGUGACGGGGACGAUGAGUCUCAGUCUCCCGCUUCACACGUCUCCGGGGCGUUCAAGUUCCGGGCCCAAAUUGGCUUUGAGUUACGACUCGGGGAGUGGAAAUGGCGUGUUUGGGAUUGGGUGGCAGUUGUCGACCCUGAGCAUCUCGAGAAAGACAUCCAAGGGGAUUCCCCGAUAUGAUGAUGCCGAUGUCUUUGUUUUAUCCUCGUUUGACGAUCUUGUUCCCGUACAAGCACGGGCAGAGGUCAAGCCAAUAAAGGAGAACGUCGUGAUCGAUGGAGUGGCCUAUCGCGUGCAGCAGUACAAGCCUCGCCUGGAGACGGAGGUCAAUCGAAUUGAAUGCUGGACGCGAGAGGACAAUCCGGAUGAUGUGCACUGGCGGACUGUCAGCCCCGACAACCACACGACCUUGUUUGGAGAAGAGGAGGAAUCUAGAGUGUUCGACCAUGCAGAAGGCAAGACACAGAUCUUUUCGUGGUUGGCAAGUCGCACCGUCGACGCUGCUGGCAACGCAAUUCAUUUCACAUACAAACGGGAAGACUUCCGCGGAAGCGACUCGCUGGAUCCGGAGGAUUCCAUGUGCGAAAUUGAUCGCACCGACAGCUCUCGGAGCCGGAUGAGGUAUCUCAAACGCGUGCGGUAUGGCAAUCUUUCUCCGAGCCGUGACCUGGAGACCUGGAGGAUUAUCAAGUACACCGGUGACUGGAUGUUUGAGGUCGUUUUCGAUUACGGUGACCACGAAUCUAUCAACCCGAGUCCUGAAGAGCAGCGAACAUGGGAAAUUCGGAAGCAUCCCUUCUCAGUGCGAUCUGCUGGCUUCGAGCUCCGGACGUAUCGAUUGUGUCGGAGGAUUAUGAUGUUUCAUCGAUUCCCAGACCAGAUGAAAGGCAGGGCAUAUGCCCUGGUGUCAUCCACGGAGCUGAACUAUACAAAUCAUAAUGGAGUCACGCUCCUCAAAUCAUUCCAAGCCACAGGAUACCUGCCCCAGGGUAUGAGCAUAGAGGACUGGCCUUACCAAGAAAGUCUCCCUGCUAUUGAGUUUGAAUACACUCAGAUGACAGAUGCACUGAGCAUGAAGGUGAAGGAGGUCCCUCGCGACACACUCCACCAUAUCUCGAGUCCGACCGGAUGGAGGACAGAGUGGAUCGAUCUUGAUGGUGAAGGAGCGCCAGGGUCCCUACUCGAAGUCCCAGGCGGCUCGUGGUGGUAUCAGCGCAACGAGAUGCUGAAAUCAUCCAGCUCAGAGACCUUUGGUCCCGUGAGAGAGCUCCCGCUGCGUCCAAACACGACCUCCCAGGGCCAUCAUUACUUUGAAGAUCUCAACCGCAAUGGCCGCAUGAAUGUGGUCUGCUUGGAUUCAAUCGGAGCAGUGGAAGGAUUCUACGAGCGAGCAGAGGCGCAUCAGUGGGAGUCCUUUCAGCCGUUUCCCGCGAGUCCUUCUGUUCCUAUUCAAGACUCGGCAACCAAGAGGAUCGAUCUGACCGGAGAUGGAUUGGCAGAUCUACUGCGGGAGGAACCAAAUGGGGAGAUGCUCUGGUAUCCAUGCCUGGGCAAGCGAGGAUUCGCGGCCGCACAAAAGGUGCUUGUCGCCGAGGAUGGGCCGCGACUGGUCUCCCAUGAUCCUACAACCCAGAUAUACGUGGCUGAUAUGACUGGCGACGGUCUAGCGGAUAUCGUCGAAGUGCAACCAGGAAGAACAUCGUACUGGCCAAACAUGGGGCAUGGAAGGUUCGGAAGCAGGAUUCACAUGGGACACAGUCCCUUCUUUGACAGCCAGGAUCAAUUCAAUCAUAGCAGGCUGCACCUUACCGAUGUGUGUGGCUCUGGCACAACGGAUAUCGUCUAUCUGCCCCCUGAGGGAGGCAUUCACGUCUACUUCAAUCUGGCCGGGAAUCGGUGGAGUGACCUCCUGGUCAUCCAGAAUUUCCCCACGUUGGACACAAUGUCGUCAGUGUUCACCCUCGAUCUUCUGGGAAAAGGAACCAGCUGUCUGUGCUGGAGUGGUCCAGUUGCCACUGGGACGACGCCUUCAACCUUGCGAUAUAUUGAGUUGACUGGCGGCAUCAAACCCUACCUGCUACAUCGAUACACGAAUGGAAUUGGCAAAACUACAACAGUCUCAUACCAACCCUCGACUAAAUACUACUUAGAUGAUGAGCAGAGCGGCAACCCAUGGACCACCAGGUUACCGUUUCCCGUGCACUGCGUCUCACAGGUCACGAUGGAAGACUGCGUGGCUCAGACGUCCAAGAGAAGCCGCUAUGCCUAUCACGAUGGCCACUUUGAUGGAAUAGAGCGAGAAUUCCGCGGAUUUGGAAUCGUCGAGCACUGGGAUGAGGAGGAAUUUGGGGGCGGCGACGCAUAUCUUCAGCGUCCGCCCAUACAAACCAAGGAGUGGUAUCAUUUAGGGGCAGGAUCAAGCUCGAUUGAAGGACCAUGGAAGGAGUUUGCUUUAACAUCAUCAGUCCAUAAAUUUCCCACGGAUCUAACACCCGAGGAAGAAUAUGAGGCUCAUCGAGCAUUGAAGGGCCAAAAAUUGAGAGAGGAGUUAUAUAGUGCCGAUGCGUCAAACCUGGCCCAUCUCCCAUACUCUAUUGGGGAGUUCUCAUAUCAAGUACAUCGUGUGCAGGCGGCUUCUAGCGAGAGAGCCGGUGUCUAUCGAGUGUCACCCCGCGAGUCUAUUCAGACGGUGUCUGAGCGAAAGGAGGCAGAUUCUCGAAUCGAACGAGUUCUCACUCUAGAGGUAAAUGACUAUGGCGACAUCAUCAAGUCCCUGACGCUGCAUCAUGGCAGGCAGAAGAGCGACCUGCCGGAUAUAAAGGAUCGACGUCGACAGGAGGCGACUUGGGCCACGUACACUGAGAAUAUCUUUACGGACUCCGUCAUUGAACUGGACUGCUUCCAGAAGCCACAGCUGGCUUUGACCAGGCAAUUCGCUAUCACUGGUUUGAAUGAUCCAACCUCCAUUGAUACUGAAAGACUCACCGCAAAUGGAUUCGCCUACUUGAACGAUAUGGAAGCGAUCUCUUACACGACCAUGGAUUUGUAUGAUGGGACUAUGCCGCGAAAGAGUUUGGUCCAGGAACAGCGACUAUACUACCUGAAUCGAACCCUGGCAGCACCACUCGGAUGGAGGCAAAUUGAGGCUUAUUCUGUUCUGGAUCGGUCGUAUUCACUGGUUUUUGGGGACGAUAUUCUCCAGAAGCAUUUUAUAUCGACAAUCUUCCUUGAUGAGAACAGUUUAAGUCAGGCUCUUGAGCAAGGUGGAUAUGUGCGACUGGACGAUGACACUCGUAUCUGGACUCCGUCAGCACGGCAGCUAUUCUCCAAGAAUGCAGACCAGAAUCUACAGAUGGCGCGUUAUUCCUUUUACCAACCUUCCAUCACAAUCGACCCGUUUGGAGCGGUGACAGUCCUGGAGUUGGAUAAGUACCAGUAUCUUACCCAGAGCACCAUUGACGCGGUGGGGAACAUCAUUCGCUUCGAUAAUGACUACUGGCAUCUUCAGCCGUCGCAAACCACGGAUAUCAAUGGAAAUCGUCUGCAGGUGGCCUUCGAUGCAUUCAGCUGCGUCAUCGCUACAGCUCGAAUGGGCAAGAAAUCUGAAGAGCUGGGUGAUUCGUUGCACGAUUUUGCAACUAUUGUCAGCAGUGACACAAUGGAGGCAUUCCUGCAGGACCCCUGUGGUGCAAAUACACGAAAGCUUCUUGGAAACGCGAGCAACCGGACUUUGUUAUAUCGCGGCCGGUUUGAGAUGGCAGAAGGCGUGCUUAAGCCUGUCGUGCCGGCACUGCAAGCGACAAUCACCUGUGAUGCACACUCCAGAGAUCGGAAGGAAGACUCUGCGGUGAGCGUUUCUAUCGUCUACCUAGAUGGUAACGGUGCACCGUUGCAGGCGACUACCCUGUGUCACCAGGCCAAGGGAAAGUCCCCGACUCAAUGGCGGAUCAGUGAAUGGAUGAUCAAAGACAGCAAGGGGAACCCAGUCCGCGUCUGCCAGCCGAGCUAUGCAUCCGAUCACCAGUUCCGCUUCGAGGCCAACAUUGAUUCUCCGAAGACAACAAAUCUGCUUGACCCUCUGGACCGCAUACGGGGAGUCCUAUACGCUGAUCAUACAUGGAGCAAGCAAAAUGUAACCCCUUGGUCCACCAUCGAAUACGAUGCCGGCAGCACAAUUACCGACGAGAAUCCAGCUCUGGAUCCGGACGUUGGGCCAUUCUUCAAAUCUCUACCAGAAAAAGCAUACCUACCAAACUGGCUGGCACGACAGAAGGAGAACGGCAGUACAGCAGCGGAAAAAUCACUCGUAUACUCCGGCAAACGAAGCAUAACUCAUCUCGAUGCGCGUGGUCAGGUCAUUGGAAAUGAUCUUGUUCUCGGGGAUGGCAAAAGUCUAUCAACUCGACAAGCAUAUAACAUGGCGGGGCAUCUGGUUUCUCAGUCUGACGCCCUGAACAGGAUAGUCCAGGAGCAGGACUAUAACCUCCUCGGCCACAGCUUGGUCACCAGAACGAUGGAUUCUGGUCAGACAACAGCGUUUCUUGACUGCCAAGGAAAACCGUUAUAUCGCUGGACGCACAAAUAUCGACGCUUUCAUCAUUCGUAUGAUAUCUUGGGACGCGAAACUGAGUUGAGAAUGACAGAUAUAGAGCAGGGCCUCGAGGAGGUUGUUCUUCACCGGAUCACAUACGGGGACACUGAACUCGGAGCGACUGCUGCUAACUUACGAGGAAGUAUUGUGCGUGUGCAGGACCAAUCUGGGGAGCUCAAUAAUAUUCAAUUGGAUUUCAAGGGGAACUGUUUAGAGCAGUCCUAUCAACUCGCGGUCAACUUUAAGUCGGUCCUGGAUUGGGAUUCAACGGUGGAGUUGGAAGACGAGCCACAGUCCUCGUAUGCCACGUUUGAUGCUCUGGAUCGAGUUGUGCAAGCAACAGACGCGAGUGGAUGCCAGACGAUGACAUCGUAUGAUCUGGCAAAUAACCUUAAGACACUAACUGCUCGAUUGAAGGAUGACGAUUCUCCACACUCGCUGAUCUGUAAUCAAACCUACGGCGCCGACGGGAGCGUACUGAAGAUCGUCUACGGCAACGGAAGCAUUCUGGACCAUGUAUACGACAAAAUGACCCGUCGCCUCGUGCGAAAGACACUCUCUCGAGAAAGCCGUGGAAUUCGAUCGCAAGUUCAGGAUCUUCAUUAUUCCUGGGACUGUAUGGGGCGGGUUAUCCGCAAAUGGGAUGCGGCGCAGCAGCCGUGGUUCUUUCGCAACAGUCGGACGGACCCCGAAUGGACCUACACUUAUGACGCUCAGGGCCAGCUGGUGUUUGCAACAGGCCGCGAACAAGUCAACUCCUCUCAUGCCGGAGCCUAUCGCUUGUUGGCUCCUGGUCUUCAGAAACCAUCCAGGCUCGGUCUGGAGAUGUGCCAAUACCGUGAGACGUAUCGCUAUGAUGAUGUUGGGAAUAUCCUCUCCAUUCAUCAUGGAGCUCCAAACAUCCCCUCCAUAGCCGGCUGGACUCGAAGGUUCCAGUAUGAAGAACAGAGCCAGCUUCAGGCAGGUGUGAUGGGCAAUCGUCUCACUAGUACAGUGACUGGGGGACUCCGUGAGAACUAUGAGUAUGGGUCUUCCUAUGCCGGCCAGAGUGGCUGCAUGACAGCCAUGGCUGGCUAUUCAACUCUCACUUGGGACCACAUGGACAAGCUGCGGAGUUCCUCUCGCCAGAUCACGCGGGAUGACAACACCGGGGAACGGACUUGGUACGUCUACAACAUGGUCGGAAUGCGAGUACGCAAAGUGACCGAACGGGGCGGUAUUUUAAAGAAUAGGAUAAAGGAGCGGGUUUUCUUCCCUGGUGUGGAUAUAUAUCGAACUUACUCCGGGGAUGGGCAGACGCUCACAAAGGAGAGAAUCCAAAGCCAUAUUCAGAGUACAUCAACGACUGCCGUUGCCAUCCUGGAAAGAGCUGGAGGAGGCGACAACAAUGGAAAAUCGACUCUGAUCCGUUAUCAGCCAGGAGAAAGCAUCGAGCUGGACGACACGGCUGGCCUGAUCUCAUACGAAGAAUACACCCCCUUUGGGGCGACGAUGUUAUGUGCCAUCACCCGGGAUAUUGAAGCAGCGCGGAAAUACCGAUACGCUGGAUAUGAGCGAGACUGCGAGACCGGACUUUACUUCUGCGACCAGCGAUACUAUGCACCCUGGCUGGGUCGCUGGAGCAGCCCGACCCCCUGGGCCUUGUUGAUGGGUUUAACCUAUACUGCUAUGUCGGCAAUGAUCCAGUCAACAUGUUUGAUCCCACGGGGACAGCAAAAGAUACCAAAUUGUUCUCCGAGAAAUCGCGUUUACCAGCCGAUGGGACUACGAAACCCGGUCAAAUGA